UCUACGGCGCCACCAGCCAACGACCGCUCUUCGCCGCUGGGGUACGCUGGCGCCAGGCUCUCUGGACCCCGAGUCCCUCGUUACAGAAGGCGACGCUGCUCCUCGGCUUAUGUAACAGAUAUCAGGGUGAAUUCCGGAAGCCACGAUCGCAAGGCUCUCUACCCACCGGUGCCUGCCCACGACACCAUGCGGCUGUUUCUGGUGUUGGUUCUGCUGGCGGCGCCCGCCUUUGCACGCUACGACGGUCACCGCGCCGGCUACACUUACGACGACGCGUAUCCUUACGACGACGCCGGUGGCCGCUACGACCGUUGCCGCGACGCUGCGUGGUCCCGGCGCGACUGCUUGCCGACGAGCCACAACAGAAUCGUCACCAGUCGUCCUGACAGGUGGGCAGCCAAGUCACGCGUGCGGAUGGGAAACGGCGGUUGGCGGGCGCUGCCUGGAGGCGCCGCGGAGCUGCACUGCCUGUUCCCAGUGCCGCUGCUCUCGAACGUGGUGUGGACCAGAGUGGACAGGUCGGGCAGCUCGAGCCGCAUCCACAGCCAGGGCCACCUGUGGCCGCGCCCGCUGCCCGGCGGCUCAGCCUUGCUGGUGGACCGCGCCUCGCCGCUCGACGUGGGCCUCUACCGCUGCCUCGCCACCGCCCUGCACCCCCGCUCCGGGCCCGUCACCGUCUUCCAGGACGUCCACUUCCAACCCUACUUCUAACCACCUCCGGACAGCCCAGUCCAACGCUGCCGAACCAGAGAACCGUUCUGACUUCACUGAAGCAGUCGCUAUGCUGGUCUAAAUGCUAUGUGGUGCUGCCAAUUACUAACGUCCCUCUGUUGUCACUCUGUUGCUUCAGCUACUCACCGCCUCGAAAUCUCUACUAAACAUCCUGGGACUAUUCAAAAACAAACGAUGAAUUACAAUGUCGUUGUGUGUCUAGUGAGUGGGCUCUUUUCGUGAUGUUCACACCAGAAUUCUCGUAGUCGGAGCUACUGAGCGCAUAUGAAGUUAACGUCGCCGCUUUGCGCUAAUACUUGUUUAAUUUUAACUGCAGAGAUCCAGUGAAGUAGGGAUUCCAUCACCAUCACCCCGUACAUCUACUUGCAUGUACUUUAAGGGGAAUAGGACGUCAAACGGGCCGACUUGGAACAGGAGAGUCAGCACAGGACAUUUUAAUUUCCACUACCUAUACUUUUACAAAUAAAUUCAUAAAACUUUGUCACCAUGACCGAGAA